ACACUAAUAUCAACUGUGAUUACCAAACUGUAACUGAGUAGUGUAGUAGUUCCUUUUUUGCCGGCCUUAAGUUUCUUAGAAUUCGUUUGAAUUUGUGUUCUCUUGGUUAGAAUUUGUGUUCGUUUGGUUAGAAUUUGUGUUUAAAUUUAACUUAACUUAAUUUUAUGAAAUGGCUCGAGAACGAGCUUUAUCAACAAGAACUCUAGUAAGUUUGAUACAAGGGCUAGAGGGUGAGACAACUACGGUCGACUUUCGUGAUGAGACAUCUGUAAAAGGAAAAAUUCAAUCGGUUGACGGGUAUAUGAACAUCGAGAUGACUGAUGUCACAUAUACCGCACCGUCUGGUCUAUCUCAAAACUUCAGCCGUUACUGUUGUCAAGGAAAAUUCAUUCGAUUUGUACACAUUCCUGAGGAAAUUGAUCCAAUUAAGACCAUAAAAAAUAAGCUAGAAGAUUUAUCCAGAAGACCUGCUAGAGGUCGUGGCGGUAGAGGGGGUAGACGAGGAGGAGGACGUGGAGGUGGAAGACGAGGUGGUGGUGGUGGAGGAGGCGGCUUUCGUAGAGGUGGAGGUGGCAGCAGUGGUGGAUAUCGCAGUGGUGGAGGCGGCGGCUAUGGAGGAGGUGGAAGUUACGGAGGAGGCGGCGGCUAUGGAGGAGGAAGCAGUAGCUAUCGAAGUUCUGGUGGCUAUGGCAGCAGCAGAUAUUAAAUUUCAGCUUUGUCAUGUAUAUGCUUGUAUAAACUCAUAUUCAUUUUUUUAAUUGCUGUAUUUUUCAUGUUUAAUAAUAAACCUAAGUUGAUAAAUGUUGAA